CAACGGUCGUGGCUUAGGGCUAGGCCUGAUCUUGAGACAUUACGUCGUUUUAUGCCUCGGGACAAGGCCAGCUUCAGAUGGGCGCUGGAAUGGACAUGGCUGCCUCACGGCGGGCAGAAAUGGUACUGACGGAUGAGCAUCCAUCUGGACGGAAACAAUGUACACUACCAGACGAAGUGGACUUGCAAAUUCGCUCUCCAGUCUCAACCAGACAGAUGACGGCUGAUGUCCACACUUUCCGGUGGCGCGCGAAACUGCCGAGAUGAUCCAGGCAGAUGUUUCUUUUUUCCCCUUCCCCUUCUGCCAGUCACCGACUGUGUUGGGCAUAUCGAGUUCCGGAGUCGUGAUCCCUGUUGCGGGAUCCAUCGGAGCCGUUCUCCAAUUGUGCCCUGCACUGCCCAAACCUGGAUAUCCCAGAGGGCAACCCCAGGUUUCCGAAGAGAAGGCCUCGAGUGAUCUUCGUAGAUGCUUUCUUGAUCAGCCGAGCAGGGAUGUCCAGGUGAAUAUUGAUGGGGUACUUGGUAAAGACCUGAGGGUUUUUGGAUGGCUGGCGCAAGAUUUUGAACGGCGGCGGUAUCCAACAAGUUUUUGUGAUGACUGGGCCAUCGCUCGCUCCAUUUUCAUUACCGAGGGCGGCGAGGGGGCGUGGGGUCGCUGGCUGAAAGCGGCGGCAGGUCAUCUUGCAGGCGAAAUUAGUUUGGGUCAUCCGCAAUUCGACCAAGCCUGGUGCGCUCUGCUUUGCCGCCAACGAACCGUUGCGGUCGCCGGGGAGGGCCACCCACUGCCCACAGGCUGGCGUGGGCAAGGAAGGAUGUGUAUUCUUAGAAGCAUUUGGCAGAUCGGAUCGGAUAUGAAAUGAUGCAAGUUAGGAUGCUUUAGGCCGGACCCGCGCUUGCAAUGACUGGCGAGCCUCCAUGAGAGGAGGAGAGGUCGGGGAAAAGAAACAACAAUGGACAAGGGGAACAGAACGAAAUGGGACUCUGCUAUAC